AUGCCGAAGCGUUCUAUCUGCCACAUAUCAGGCUCUUCCUCAGGGUCAAAAGACUUCCAAAAGCGUGUUCGGGUCGAGUGUGAUCGCCCUCUUUCAACACCUGUCUGCUUCCUUAUACUUUCCGACACGCAUGGCGCCGACUUACCGUCGAAUCUUCCUCCAUGCGAUGUGCUCCUCCAUUGCGGUGAUUUGACUGAAGACGGGACUCCAGAAAGCAUCUUCGCCGCUCUUCGGAACCUGGGCAAGGUGAAAGCCAAACUGAGACUUGUCAUCGCUGGCAACCAUGAUAUCUCCCUGGAUAAAGGGUACUGGGUAUCGCAAGGUGGAGCAGAAUUUGAUUCAGAAAGAGCGCAGGCGCUAUUUAACCCUGAAUGCGGAGCUAGCCAACAUGGCAUCACCUUUCUCUCCGAGGGUACUCAUACUUUCAACCUACCAUGUGGCGCCGUCUUCAAAAUCUAUGCCUCACCAUACACUCCUGGAUACGGUACAUCGGCAUUUCAAUACCCGACUGGCAGUGACCGAUUCAAUCCCCCAGGCACUACUCCACCGUGGGCGAGAAACGUCGGCACUGAGACCUCGAUUAUCCCAGAGAAUGUCGACAUCGUUAUGACCCAUGGGCCACCAAAGUAUAUUCUAGAUGAGACCGCCGGUGGCAGUGCAGGAUGUGAGCAUCUACGAAACGCCAUAGUGCGAGUGAAACCUAAGUUACAUUGUUUUGGGCAUAUCCAUCUUCCGCGGGAAGGCUGGAUCUAUCAAGCACACAGGUUGGCAUACAAAGACCCGAGGAAACUGGACAGCGGUGACCCCGAGCUAGAACCAAACAUCUUUAAAGAUUGGGUAGGGUCAAAUCAAGCUCGCAAAAAAGGAUUAAGAUGCUUAUCUCCAGGCGCUGCAGAAGAUUUCCGUGCGAGCAAGCAGCAGACGCUGUGCGUCAAUGCUGCAAUGGAGGGCAAGAAGGGCGAGCUUGAACACCCACCGUGGCUCGUUAUCUUAGACCUACCGAUAAAAUGA